ACAAGAAGAUCCUGGAACUCAUGUCCAACAUCAUCCAGCUGCUGACUGGAGAGGUUGCCAUAAGGACUCAUCAUGUUUCCAUCUAUUUUUCCUUGGACGAGUGGGACUAUAUAAAAGGAAACAAGGACCUUUACAGGGAAGGGAUGAAGGAGGAGCCACAGCAGCUUCACCCAGUUGACGGUGAAUAUGAAGAUAAGGGAGAUUUUACAGCUGCUCAUGGAAAUCCCCCAUACCCUGAAAUGUCUCCAGUGGAACAGCCUCCACCAGCCAAUGGGAUUAAAGUGGAAGCGACUUCAUGGGAAGGGGGAAACCAAUCAGAUUGCAGCAUUAAUCCACGUACAGAACAGAUACAGGGAACAGACACACCUACUCCUAUAAUGGGAUACAGCCUGAAUAACAGCCUGGCAAAUAAUUAUAUAUCAAAUGGUAUUAAAGAGGAACCGCCUUCAUGUGAAGGGGGAAAUAAGUCAAAUGGCUGUGGAUAUCUGCCCACAGAACAGGUCCGGGAAACAGAUAAAUCUAAUCCUACAAUGAGAUAUUACCAACAUUUGUCAGACAAGUGUAUCUCAAAUUCUAUCAAAGACGAGGCAGACUCAUGGGAAAGAGGAAAUGAUGUGGAAAGCAGCAGUAAUUCUCUCCCCGUAAGGACACAAGGAGAAAAUACAUGCACUAAUAUAAUGGGAUGCAGCCUAAAUAACAGUAGCCUGACUGAAAAUGAGAGCAGUAAAUAUAACAACUAUAAAGCAACAAAUAAAUCUCCUCUUAAAAAGUUCAAGUGUAAAAGUGACGAUUGCCAUUUUGCUUUUAGUAAUAAGCGAGACCUCGUUAGGCAUGAAAGAACUCACACAGGGGAGAAACCAUUUCCUUGCCCAGUAUGUGGCAAAUGUUUUGCUCGUUGCUCAGAUCUUAAUGUCCACAAGAGAGUUCACACAGGAGAGAAACCAUUUAUCUGUUCUGAGUGUGGGAGAUGUUUCACACACCGUGCAAACCUUGCUGCGCAUGUCAAAACUCACACAGAUCUGAAACCGUUUUCCUGCGGUGAAUGCGGCAAAUGCUUUAAACGUCGUUCGCACCUUAUUGGACAUCAGCGAACUCACACCGGGGAGAAGCCCUUUUCUUGCUCCGAAUGUGGGAAAAGAUUCACAAGCCGAUCCAACUUCACAGUGCAUCUCAGCACUCACACCGAGGGGAGAGCAUUUAGCUGCCCGGACUGUGGAAAGAGUUUUAAAUAUCGAGCUGAUUUUAAAGUACAUCAAAGGAUUCACUUAGGGGAGAAACCAUUUUUAUGUUCUGAAUGCGGCAAGUCUUUUACACGUCGGUCGCACCUUAAUGUGCACAGUAAAAUUCACACAGGGGAGAAACCGUUUAGCUGCCCUGACUGUGGCAAAUGCUUUUCACAGCGCUCGGACAUGAACAUACAUCGUAGGACUCAUACCGGAGAAAGACCUUUUGCCUGUUCUGAAUGUGGCAAACGCUUUUCACAGUGUUCGUACCUUAAUAUACAUCGAAGGAUUCACACCGGAGAAAGACCCUUUUCCUGUACUGACUGUGGGAAAAGUUUUAUACAGCGCACCCACCUAAAUGUGCACUGUAAAAUUCAUCUUUGAUUUAAAAAAAAAAAAAAAACACGUUUAAAGCGUUUAAAUUGUACUAAACCUCCACAGAAAGAUUCUGCUUGGUGUAAAAUGCUCAUAACAACAUCAGGCUCCACAGCUCUGACUAUAAAAGUGCAAGAACUCUUAUUGAUGUAUUUUUAUGAUAUCCUUUCUGAUAAUUGUUUUUAAUUAGAGGCAUUUCAAGAUUUGAUGGCAACAUUACGCCCACACCCAUAUGUAAAAAAAAAAUUGCAAACUGUCUGUGUGAUAUUUUAUCAAUUGUAUUAUUAUUGCUAUAGUGCCAGUGUAUCAUGCAGAAUUCUGACAUCCCACAAAAUAUAAUCUAUGCAAGCCAAAGCUCAUUCCCCGACCCAGUCUGAUGAUCUAUAUCAUCGUACAAAAGUAGUAAAAGAAGAAAUCGGAUAAGCUGGCAAUGACGGCAAUCGUAUGAGAGUUAUUUUUGAGAAUAGAAGUGACACCCAUUGAUAUGGUCAGACGUCUAACUGCCAUGGUACAAAACAUAUCUGGACGAUUUAAAUACGGUCCAAAAAUCGUACAAACCUUUGUUUCGUACAACUUUAUCUUUGUGUCUGUGGCCAGAUUUAGUAGGGAGACUGCUUUUGUGUAACAGGACACAACUAAACUAACCGCUAUAUACAGAGUAGACUUCAUUUAAAAGAGACAUAUAGAAUAAAUAACAAACCCCUAAAUAUGCAGGCAAUAAUGAAUAAUAUAUGGUGUAGGUUUCACAUUGGGCUAAAAAUUAAUAUUGUCUGUAAAAAUGGCCCCUUUUUUUUGAGCUCCCAAUAGAUGUUCUCUGGUCCCUGUCUGAUUCAAAUGAGGGUGGGAGUGUCCUAACUGUCCCUGCCAGAAGCACAGUAGGAGGGGGACAGCCAAUCACAGCCCUGCAGUCACACAAGCAAAUACAUGUUUCAGUUCCCUAUCAGGUCAUGCUAGCUGCUGAUUGGUUCCUGUCCUACAGUGCAGUGAGCUGAAAGCUGCCGGCUCUCCUGUACAGCCUGGGAAAGGAGAUAGCAGGAAGUAGAACAGAUGGGCCGGACUAGUAGGGUUUUUGCAGAAAUCACCAGAAAAACAACUUUUUUAGAUAUUCCUCCUAUAUCUAAAAGAGUUUAAUGCACUGGUACAUUCUUGUUUUUUACAUAAAAUGUCUUCUUUAAAUGGAAUGUGACCAGUAUGGGUUAUGGCAUUGGGGAACAGGCACAAAUGGGUAAUAGCAUUAUUGAUAAGUAGAUUUGCAAAUUAAAGGGGUUGUUGAAAUACACAUUAGUAUGGUGCAAAUAGUUAUAUUCUGAGACAAUUCACAAUUGGUUUUCAUUUUUUAUUAUUUGUGGUUCUUGAGUUAUUUAGCUUUUUAUUCAGCAGCUCUCCAGUUUGCAGUUUCAGCCAUCUGGUUGCUAGGGUAAAUUAUCCUAGAAACCAUGUAUUGAUUUGAAUGAGAGACUGGAAUAUGAAUAGGAGAGGCCUGAAUAGAAAUACAAGCAAUAAAACCUAACAAUAGUGUACAUGCUUAGCCCUACAGACCAUUUGUUUUUAGAUGGGGUCAGUGACCCCCAUUUGAAAACAGGAAAGAGUCGAAAGAAGAAGGCAAAUAAAAAAAGAUGUUUAGAAUUAUCCAUUCUGUAACAUACUUUGUUUAACUUAACGGUGAACUGCCCCUUUAAAUGUAAGUACCUCUUUGGAUUCUAUAAGGAUGUGUAUACUUCACAGUAUAAAUCUUAAAUUAUAAUAUUAUUAUUUUGGUUGGAAUAAAUAUUUGUAGACUA